AUGACCGUCACCUAUUCCAGUAAAGUUGCCAAUGCCACCUUCUUCAGUUUCCACCGGCUGCUGCUGCGCUGGAAGGGAAGCAUCUACAAGCUGCUGUACCGAGAGUUCACCCUGUUUGUUCUGCUCUACACCAUCCUCAGCCUCGUAUACAGGUUCGUCCUCUCUGACAAUCAGAAGAGACUGUUUGAGAAACUUUCCAUGUACUGUGACAAAUACGCAGAGCAGAUCCCCGUCACCUUCGUCCUGGGUUUUUAUGUGACUCUGGUGGUGAAUCGAUGGUGGAAUCAGUUUGUUAACCUGCCCUGGCCUGACAGACUCAUGUUCCACAUCUCCAGCUGUGUCCAGGGUAAAGAUGAAUAUGGCCGCCUGCUGCGUAGGACGAUGGUGCGUUACGUCAACUUGACCUCGCUCCUCAUCUUCCGCUCCGUCAGCACCGCCGUCUGCAAACGCUUCCCGACCAUGGACCACGUGGUGGAGGCAGGUUUUAUGACUCCAGAGGAGAGGAAGGUGUUUGACAACAUCCGCUCCCCUCACCUGAAGUACUGGAUCCCGGUGGUCUGGUUUUCCAACCUGGCGUCUAAGGCUCGACAGGAGGGACGCAUCCAAGACAGCAUCGACCUGCAGAAUAUUCUCAAUGAGAUGAAUCGGUUCAGGACCUGGUGUGCAACUCUUUUCGGCUAUGACUGGGUCGGCAUCCCUCUGGUCUACACACAGGUCGUCACUCUCGCUGUCUACACCUUUUUCUUGGCUUGUCUGAUUGGCCGACAGUUUCUUGACCCCAAACAGUGUCAUCAAGGUCAUGAGCUGGACCUUUACAUCCCCGUCUUCACCCUGCUGCAGUUCUUCUUCUACGCCGGUUGGCUGAAGGUAGCAGAGCAGCUGAUCAACCCGUUUGGAGAGGACGACGACGACUUUGAAGCAAACUGGAUCAUAGACAGGAACCUUCAGGUGUCUCUGCUGGCUGUGGAUGAAAUGCACAUGAACCUGCCUCAUAUGACCAAAGACAUGUACUGGAACGACUGCGAUGCUCGCCCGCCGUACACACUGGCUGCUGCCGACUACUGCAUCCCCUCAUUCCUCGGCUCCACCACCGACAUGGGACUCUCGGACAUUCUCCAGUUUGAUGACGGUGACAUCAGCGACGGUCGUCCACGGCCACACGACCCCACUCUGCCUCGCCGCCAAGAGUCGGUUCUCGGUCGAGUCCGACGGCUGCUGAGCGUUCAGGAGCCUCCUGACCUCCGACCCCCUCGACCCAUCUUCAAACGGCACAGCAGUGAUGCAACAGGAAGUUUCUUCCCAGACUUCAGGCUCAAUCCAGGUGUAGAUGACGUACCUCCUCCCUCCUCCUUGGUCUUACCCCCGUCUUCCAUGGACACCUUGUCCACCUUGAGGGAGGUCAGCAGCAACCCACCAUCGCCCGAGAGCUCACCCUCUGCUGUUUUCCCCCGGCUCAUCGUCAGCCCGCCAUUUUGUGAUGUCCGUCACAAUGAGGAUUCUUCCGGCAACGCUGAAGUGGAAAAACCUCAGAAUGGGUUGGAUCAUUCCCCCACUGAGGACGCAGCAGGCUUGGAAACUCCAAGGGCCGGCUCUUCGGUCUGUUAUUCACCCACUCAACUGGGACCAAAGGAAUUUCGUUGGACGACUGCCCAAAAUCCCCCAUCAACUCGGCCACGAGGGCGGCAGUUCUCCCUUCAGUUCUCCAGACAGUCGUCAAAGGCAUCAAUACGCAGCCUGCCAAGCCCCAAGGCCCUGGGGAGGCGGAGACGAGGCCUGGCUCGAUUCCAAUCCCGAAGAUCGCCCGGUCCACCUACUGACACUCUGCAGCUCCCUGACCCUGAGUGUGACCACAACUUCCAGGGAAUGGCAGGGACUGAGGAUAGUGAGACAGAAGGAACCAACAACAGCGACGAAGUCAAAGACAACAACUCCCUUUCACAGAGUUCGGAAAAGAAAUGAUAACCACUCACUCAGUAACAUAAAACUGCCCAAACAGAACCAAACGGAACCAAACAGAGCCAUUCAUUGAGCUGGAAACUGGAAAUACUCAGAGACCUUUGACCAAGAGGAAUGCUCUAAGUUUCAUUUUUGUUGUUUUGAACCAACAAAUGCUUGGGAAGCUGGACAUGCCAACCAUGAAUGUUUUGAAGCCUCGGAUUUCAGUUUACUACUUGUUUCCAGUUUUGUUAUUGGAGACAAAAAACCUUAACUCUAAGCCAAAGAUAGUAUACGAAAGAAUGCAAAAGAUACAAUAGAAUCAUUUAUAGUGAAAUAUAACACUCAUAAAAAUCCUAACUUGGGCAAAAGAGGUGGGAAGAGCAAGCAACAACCUUAGCAAGAAAGGCUGAGACACCUGUCAAUAGAAGAAAUGAAAUUAGCAGUGAGCUGAACUUGUUGACUUUGUAUUUCUGGACAAAGGUUGGGUGUUUUCCCAUUCACUUCAACACAGUCAGAUUUUUCUUGAAUACCACCCAGUGGCCAUUAGAGGAGCCGCAGGUGAACACACUUGUGUACUGACUCCAAGACUCAACUGAUGUGAAUGCCAAUAUGAUAAAGUACUGGUGCUCAGGAUUGUUGACGGGUUUCUAGAACUAAAUAUUUUCUAGAACAAAAUCUUCUGUCUUUAUGUGAUGACUGUUAUUUUGUCUGUAUUUGUAAAUGUGACUGAAGUAAUGAAUAUACACUAUCUGCUGCUGCUUCUGAAUCAACAAAAGCUACUUUUUUAAAUAAAAUGACUGACUUGU